CGGGCGGCCGGGAACCCGUGCCUCGCCACACUGACUCCGUACGCUGUUUUCACUGACUUUUCUCCUAGUACGUUUUUUGAAUGCGCGCCGGUAACAGCGGGCACGUGAUACGCCCGCGGCCGCUGCUUUUUUCUCUUUCUCUCGAGUUUGUGACAGCUAAGUGUCGCGUGCAAUCGCGCCCUUUUCCCGCUACUUCCAGUAGUCAGAGAAAGUAAAAACCGACUUGUGAAGUUUUUGGCGCGAAACUGGCGCUUCGAAUACUAUCGCCUAUAUGAAUGCUGAAUUUCAGUGCUAGACUCUAAAAUGACUUCGCGAUUUGUUGUUUGUGAAGAUUAUUAACCUGUGAUAGUCGGUUCGCGUACUUUUGACCCUAAGACGAGUUUCCUCACAAUAUGGAUGAUUGGGAGCGACACGUGACCCCUCUGCUCCAAGAUAUGGGCUGCUCGAGUGAGGAGACCCAAGACGACUUCUUUAACCAGCAAGACUUGCUCGUGGGCAGCAGCGGGGCGGGCACUGGCGGCGCAGCCACGUCGCCGGACGGUGGGUCAAGCUCGGCGCCGCCGUUGUCGCCGGGCGGGUCCGGCGUGCCAGGCGGCGCGCUGUCGCCCGGCGCCGGCAGCCACGCCAGCACCCCCGCCGCCUCAUGCUGCGACACCCCCCGCCCCAUCAUCACCGACCCCGUCUCCGGACAAACUGUCUGCUCCUGUCAGUACGAUGGAGCCAGGCUCGCCUUAUCCUCAUACCCGCGUCUGUCGAGUGCAGCCGUUGGGGUCUACGGCGCUCCUUACCCCUCGACAGACCAAAAUCCUUAUCCGAGCAUUGGUGUCGACAGCUCAGCGUUCUACUCACCAUUGAGCAACCCUUACGCGCUAAAGGAGGGCGGCGGCGAGAUGUCGGCCUGGACGUCUGCGGGCCUGCAGCCCUCCGGAGGCUACUACCCCUACGACCCUACGCUCGCCGCCUACGGAUACGGAGCUGGGUACGAUUUAGCUGCCAGGCGAAAAAAUGCAACUCGAGAAUCUACCGCAACCUUAAAAGCGUGGCUGAACGAACACAAGAAAAAUCCUUACCCAACAAAGGGGGAAAAGAUAAUGCUCGCGAUCAUCACCAAGAUGACGUUAACGCAGGUGUCCACGUGGUUCGCCAACGCGCGCCGCCGCCUCAAGAAGGAGAACAAGAUGACGUGGGAACCCAAGAAUAAGACAGACGAUGACGAUGAUACUAUGCUCUCCGACGAAGAAAAGGAUAAAGACGACCAGGAAGAAAAAAAUAAAACUCACAAAGAUGAGGAGCGGAAGAGCGACGAAUUGCUGCAAGGCAUGCAUCAUCAACUACUCGGCUACGGGAUAAAGGAAGAAUCGAAACGAGCCUCUUCGGAUUGCGGAGUGCCAAUCCCAGCUUCAAAACCUAAAAUAUGGUCGCUGGCGGACACCGCGGCGUGCAAGACUCCACCGCCGGCGGCGCAGCCGUGGCCGCAGCACUCGUACGGGCAGGGCCCGGAGCGUGCGCCGGCAGCGGACGGCAGCUCCAACGGGUUCGCACUGCCCGCCACUGCGGCUGCCAGCCCCGCAGGCGGCGCCUAUGGCCGCUACGGAGGCUUCCCUGGCGGCCAGUACAGCGGGCAGCACCCGUGCGUGCACCCCGCCGCCUUCCCCGACGUGCAGACAGACACGCCGCCUCAGACGCCACCCAACAUGAAGGUGCCGAGCGUGGCCAACCCGCUCGGCAGCGGCGGCGGCUCCGGCUAUUGUUUCCCGAGGCACCAGCAGUCGCCACAGCGGGACCCCUACCACAAUCCCCACCACGCUGCAAACAACCAUCAGCCCAACCAGCCACACCACGAAGGAUCGGCUGCUUUCAAGCCAUUUUAUAAAAGCUCACUACAACACCCCAACGGUUUCGUGUCGGCCGUCUGAAAGCGGACCGCGCACCACUAGCGGUAAAGCUCGGGAAACCUGGGUCGCUGCACUGCCCAUCAACCUCUAGAGACUGUCAAAUUCACACAGUGGCACAGUGUUUCCAUUCUAUGAUCUUCUAAAAAUAAAACAAAUCUAGGAAAAUAGGACUUUGGCUGAUUAAAUUAAUGAAUUUGUUUAUAGACUAUUGCAAUACAAUCAGUUCUGUACUUUAUAAGUAUAUAAUUUAUCCGCAUAACACAUAGUAAAGAACGUGGUAACGUGCACACAUUGGAAAAUUGUAAUAUGAAAAGUAAUUAAGAACAUAUACCCACUUACAUCCAUUGGUCCUUAAUUAGUUAGUACUUAUGCAAUAAAACGAAUCAUUGUAAGAAAUCAACAUUGCUCAGUAUUUUUAUAGAUUAAGAAUAUUGUGGAAUUGGAGAUCCAAAUUAUUUAUUAAAUAGAAAAAAGCGCAAUUAUGUGUAAAAUGAAUCCAAUGACAAUUGGUUUUAGCUAAUUAUUAUUAUAAGUUGAAUGUCUAACUUGAAAUAUGUUUGCUAUAAAAAUCUUAAUUACCUACUCGUAUUUAGGUAUGAAAAAUAAUAAUUUAUUUCCUUCGUUCUUCCGUUAUAAUUUGAAUAUAUAGGUUUCUUUCAGCAAUAAAUUAUUGACUAGUUGAGGUGCCAGAUUUUGCUUUGUAUAGUUGUAAGCGGCAAGUGUCCAGUGGCCAGGGUCCGCGCUCGCCUCACUCGUGGGCUCCGGCACUCGGCCCUCCGGCCUCUGCUGACCUCCCGCGCCCGCGCCCCGCGUGUCCGCGGUGACCUGCGCCCAUCUUGUUUAUUUUUGUUAAACACUGAGGGAUAAUCGAUUAACAAACGUCGAUUUGGUUAUUGUUGUUGUCCUUGUACAUAAAAUGUUUUGUAGAUUUUCUAUUUUAAUUUGUCGAGGAUUGUACAAAGUAAUUAGUAUGGUUUCGCCACAUUCGAUGUUGUUGACGGACACUUCGAUACGAACUUUAUAAAUAUUGUUUAAAAGUAUUAUUAGAAUACAUGUACAUAAAUAUAUUCUCAAUAAUAUUUUAUUUUUUAAAUCAGUCACUUUCGAACGUGGGAUCCCGUAUAAUAUUUUAAAGGGUAGACAUUUGUUUGAUGUUGGAUUUUAGUCAUGUGGAUAAUAUUAGGUAACGGUAAAACAGAAAAUGCUACAAAGUAUACUUAUAUUCUUCUGCAGUUAUCAGACCAUGGAGAAAAGGGAUUUAUGUAAGUGAUGAAGUAAAAUUGGUACUUAUAUAGAUUGUUAACAAUAGUUAUUUGUGAAAUAAUUUACAGCUGGCUUCAUAGCCGCAUCUGUGACUUACUAGUUCGAGCAUCGACAGUUUUCCAAGCAACUGACACAUCGAUUGAAAAAUAGUGCUUCAUAAGUUUAUUUAUAUUAUGUAUUAAGCAUUCUUCAUAGCAAUAAUACUAACUUUAUUUCCCACAGUACCUAACAAGCAAUGAAUUUCUUAGAUUUUUACUUAGCCUGUAAAAUGUACUUUUAGGUCACUGAUCUGGAUUCAUUUGAAGCAAUAGUUAGGAGGCUCGUAUUAAGUACCUAAGAGAGAAUGACAUACAUCACAGUUAAAAAUAAUGUGACCAAAUCGAAUACAUUCGCUUAAUAUUAAAUAAAUGUUCUAUAUAGAUAUUUAUAGAAUUAUACCUAUUAAUUCUUAUUAUUAUGAUUAUAAUUAUGUAACGAAUGUAAUUAAAUCUUUAUUUCAACGAAA